AUGUACUGUCCAGCUUCCCCUCCUAUCGAAUAUUCCAUCUCUAAACUAGGUGAUAAUGUGUACCAGAUGGGAUCAAAAUUUAUUUGUGAAAAGACUGUUGGAGAAAUUCCAGGAGAUGCAAUAGCUUCCUGGAAAGAUUGUGACGACACAACAUACUAUCUCCGCAAGGCCACGUCUAAAGAGUUGUCUUCGGCUGAGAAGCAGGAAUUCAAAGAUGUCAUCUACCAAGCUGGAACGUCUUCUUCUGUAUGGUCAAUCGGCACAAGCGUUAUUUGCAAAGUCAAGACAUGCUGUGACGAGAUGGAAUUGGAAAGCAUCACUCUAGCCUUUGUUGCCGGCAAUCUCCCACACAUGCCUAUCCCCAAAGUUGUAUUCUCAUGGCGGGAUACAGAGUGGAAUCGCACUUUUCUCCUUCUGAAGCGGAUCAAGGGGCAGACAUUGCAUUCUGCCUGGCCAUCUCUUUCUUUGGAGCACAGAGAUAAAAUAGCAGCAACUAUUUCUCGGUACUGCCGCGACAUGGCGACAUUACAAGCACCUGCACUUCAAAGCGCUACAGGACUUGGAGUCCUUGAGCCAUUCCUCAAUGUGAAUGCAGAAAACUCUCACCCGUCGUGGAAACCUCGGCUACUAGGACCGUUUCAUCGUGGUGUCUUUGAGAAGUACAUCCAAAGGAUUUCAGAACAACCAGCGCCUCUGCUUGGAGAUGUAUUUCAUUUCUAUCACGCGGAUCUAGGGCCAACCAACAUCAUCGUCUCGGGAGAUGGUGAAGUUACGGGCGUUUUGGAUUGGGAAUCUGCUGGCUUUUAUCCAAAAUAUUGGAUUUCCUUAAAGCCUUACAUGAGCGCAGGCUUUUCUCUUGGUUCCAAGGAGUCGCGCCGCGAAUGGGUAGAUCUCUUUGAAACAAAAUUAUCUGAAGUCGGCUUUGAACUUAAUAGGGAGGAUGUUAGGUGGUGUGAACAGUUACAUAUGGAUUUCUUCGAUGUGAACAAAGCGCUACUUGAAGAUUGA